AGUAACCCGGAAACACACACGGAUGUUGUAGAGAAGAUAGGCGAAUAUUGAAAGCAUUCAUGCUUUAAAAUCUUCUGAAACCAUGGCAUAGAAAAGGUCAUUUAUCUCCCAAAAUCAGUGGAGACUUUUCAAACUCUUAAGGAGAAUGUUAAUAGUAAGUGAAGCUGUCAGUCUGUCAGGAUGAUUUCUCCAUUGGGCUUAUCCAGCAGUUGAUAUUUUUUUGAAUGUUACAUGAUGAAGAAUGUCACUUUUGAUGAACCAUGAGUUUCACUGGACCAAGAGCUGUAUGAGGAUGCUGAUUUAGGAUUUGAGACUUCUUCAGUCACCUUUAGUCCAUCAUGUUUGUGACAGCAUACCUUGCAUUUGUAGUCUUGGCGGGACUGUGCGUGACUUUAGAGAUCACAGCCCGCCGUCUCAACUCAUCCCAGGCCACACAGACAGCCGUCGCCAAUCCGGCAUUCAGACGGUUCCAGAAGCUCUUUCUGAAGGCGUAUCUCCUGGCCCUCUGGGCAGACUGGCUGCAGGGACCUUACCUUUAUAAACUCUACCGACAUUACAACUUCCUGGAGUCUCAGAUCGCCAUUCUGUACGUAUGUGGCCUUGCUUCUUCAGUGCUAUUUGCCCCAGUGGCCAGCUGGCUACCGCAGUUUCUGGGACGGAGACAGAUGUGUCUCCUCUUCUGCCUGGCUUAUUCUGUCUGCUGCUUUACCAAGCUGUCACAAGAAUAUUUCAUGCUCAUACUCGGACGUGUUUUAGGAGGCCUGUCCACCUCUUUGCUAACCACUGUGUUUGAGGCCUGGUAUGUGCACGGUCACGUUGACGUCCAUGACUUUCCCAAAGAAUGGAUUCCUGUUACCUUUGGUAAAGUCGCAGAUUGGAAUCACGGACUGGCGGUCGGUGCCGGGCUGUUGGCGAACUUGUUUGCCGAAUGGCUUGGGUUGGGACCGGUCGCUCCGUUUCUCUUGGCGAUCCCCAGCCUUGCCGCAUGCGCCUGGUUUGUGCUGUCCGAAUGGGGUCAGGAGGAUAGGCAAAAAGGUGCCAGUGGAGACAAAAAUGGCCCUCUUCUCAACCCUCUAAAUGCCCCCAAAAUGCAAAUGUCAACAUGGGCCCGUUUUUGGCGAAGCUGUCUGGAUGGACUCCGCUUUCGUUUGCCUCUUCACCUCCUGGCUUGUCUGGGGCUGCUGGCUCUUCACGGGGAGGUGUCUGGGGCCGGUGCGGGGGAGGCUGGCAGUGGCACAAGACACAUGUUUGCAGGAUGUGCAGGGAUGAUGCUGGCCGCUCUGCUUGCUGUGGUCAGCCUUUUCACAGUGGGCAGGAACGAUGCCGACCUGAGACUAGAGGGGACCAAAUUGGAGGGAGAAAUCUGA